CCGGCCGCCUCCCCGCCCGCCCUCCGGUGGCGUCGGGACCUCGCGGAGCCCCGGAAGACCUUGCCCCUGACUCGGGGCCCCGCGCCGCCCGGGAGCUCUGCUCGGCCGCUGCCGGUGUCCCCACUCGAGAAGGACCCCCGCCCGCGGCCGAGCUGUCGCACGGGGAGCGGUCGCGACGCAGCCGGUCGCGCCGCCUUAGAGACGCCGGCCGCGGCCCCUCGUGAUCCUUCGGUGGCUUUCCUGGAGCCCGCUCAGUAGUCCCUGCUCAAACGAUCUGCCCUUCAAUCAUGGGACAGCCCCGGGGCGCUGGCACCGGACCCGCGGGCGCCACGAGGGCGGGGUGGUUCGGGAGAGCGCCACACGAGCGGCACCUUUGGAGGCGGGGUGUUUUUAGACAGGUAUUCCGGCGGCGUUGGGGCAGAUUAAUCAGACUUGGCACGGCCUGGGAUUUUUGGGGGGCCAAGAGCUAACAACAGCUCUGUUCACCUGGCAUCUGAGGGCAUCUGUGUAUUGCGGCAUAGUCUGGUGACUGUUCAUGCUGGUGACCCUGAGUCAUCAAUUAAGGAGCUUACAUUAUGUUCUUCAUACCUUGUUUAAGAAGACAAAGUGGGUUAAUCCAUUUUAGGAAGAGUUCUCAUUGAAAAUUAUUUUUUAAACCUUUCCCUCUGGUGCUUGAAGAAGUAAAUCUCUCAUCCAUCUCUAAUGACUAAUAGUCAUUUAAGUUUAAGCACCCCUAAAUAUCGAUGUUAAAAAUAAAGUAGAAAUUUGAGGCAUUGGUCUACUGAAAAGUAACUUCUUAAUUCAUUCUUUCUUUCUAACACUGUUGAAAGUAUAGUGUACUUCAUUCUGCAGAAAUGAAGUUGAAGAAGAUAAAACCCCUGCUGCCCCUGAGGAGCUGACAGUGUUAUAUAGCAGGGAAUUUUGGAUGUGUACAUUGGUAAGGAAAAACUAAAAUAACAGAAGGGUUACAUUAUUAAGGAAGUCUCUGGAUGGGAAGGAGAUCAUUGAAAAGGCAGUUUUGGUUGUCCCCAAAGCCAGUGGGUAUGGGGAGAACAGAUUCUAGAGCUAGGCCUGACAGGUCACUGAUUGGCUAUUAAGGAAAGAUAAGAGGUUUCUGGUUUAGGAGACCUAGUGGCUGGCAGCACAUCAAACUAGGGAAUGUGUAAGGACAGGCAUGCAUGCGUGGGAGUAGACGAGAAGGUGUGGAUCAUAAGUGCUGUGCUGGCCAGGUGGGAUACCCUGUGAUGGAUGGAACUGUUCUGCUGGCACCUCAGCCUGGAGUCUCAAGAAAUCUAAGCAGAGAUACAGAUUUGGGAGUCAUCAUCGUCCAGUAGUGAUUAAAGCCACAAGAUAUAACAAAAGCAAAGAAAACCACCACAUGUUGGGCUUUGUAACAGGUGCUGGAGAAAUAAAGAAAACAACAUGAAAUAGAAACAAUUCAGGCAGAGUUUGGGAAGACACUGUGUGCAAGGAUCCAAGCGAUAAAGCCAAGCCAUGGAGGGAUUGCUGCAUUACAUCAACCCGGCGCAUGCCAUUUCCCUCCUGAGCGCCCUCAAUGAGGAGCGCCUCAAAGGACAGCUCUGCGACGUGCUGCUUAUUGUCGGAGACCAGAAGUUUCGAGCUCAUAAAAAUGUCUUGGCUGCUAGCAGCGAAUACUUUCAGAGUUUAUUCACAAAUAAGGAAAAUGAGUCACAAACUGUAUUUCAGCUUGACUUUUGUGAGCCAGAUGCUUUUGAUAACGUUUUAAACUACAUUUAUUCUUCCUCUUUAUUUGUUGAGAAGAGCAGCCUUGCUGCUGUGCAAGAACUUGGCUAUAGCCUUGGGAUUUCCUUCCUUACUAACAUUGUUUCUAAGACUCCUCAAGCCCCUUUUCCAACGUGUCCUAAUAGAAAAAAAGUGUUUGUAGAAGAUGAUGAAAACAGUUCUCAAAAGAGAAGUGUCAUUGUUUGUCAAAGUAGAAACGAAGCACAAGGAAAAACUGUUAGUCAAAAUCAACCCGAUCCAAGCCAUACUUCCCGGCCCUCACCUAGCAUUGCAGUCAAGGCCAAUAUCAUUAAGCCACAUGUUCCAAAACCAAUUGAGCCACUUCACAAUUUGUCAUUAACUGAAAAGAGCUGGCCAAAAGAUAGUUCUGUGGGAUAUGCAAAGUCUCUUGAGCACUCUGGAUCUUUGGAUGAUCCUAAUAGAAGCAGUUUGGUGAAAAGAAAUGCAGUAUUGCCUUCAAAACCUCUGCAAGACAGAGAAACUAUGGAUGAUAAACCAGGUGUAAGUGGUCAGCUUCCAAAAGGAAAAGCUAUAGAGCUAGCUUUGAAAAGACCGCGGCCACCUGUUUUAUCUCUCCGUAGCUCGUCAGAGACUCCCUAUCUGUUAAAAGAAACUAGCAAAGGCAGUGGCCAAGGUGAAGAUAGAAACUUGUUGUACUAUUCAAAGUUAGGCUUAGUGAUCCCAUCCAGUGGGUCUGGGUCUGGAAACCAAAGCAUCGACAGGAGUGGCCCACUUGUUAAGAGUCUGCUCAGACGGUCAUUGUCCAUGGAUAGCCAGGUUCCUGUCUAUUCACCCUCCAUAGAGCUGAAAUCUUCCCAGGGAUCGUCUUCGGUGUCAAAUGAUGCACCAGGGAGCGUGUUGUGUGCUUUAUCUCAAAAGUCAUCCUUAAAAGACGGUGGUGAAAAAGCAGCCCUAGAUGACAGGCCUCAGGUGCUACAGCCGCGUCGCCUCAGGUCCUUUAGCGCUUCUCAGUCGACAGACAGGGAGGGAGCCUCACCUGUGACAGAGGUGCGCAUAAAGACCGAGCCCAGCAGCCCGCUGUCGGACCCCUCAGACAUCAUCCGCGUCACUGUGGGAGACGCCGCGGCAGCCGCAACCUCGUCACCGUCAGUCACAAGGGACCUGUCCCUCAAAACAGAAGACCAGAAAGACAUGAGCAGACUCCCAGCAAAAAGGAGGUUCCAAGCGGACAGAAGAUUGCCCUUUAAGAAGUUAAAGGUGAAUGAGCAGGGCUCUCCUGUGUCAGAGGACAACUUUGAGGAAGGCUCCAGCCCCACUGUCCUCGAGACAGAUUUCCCAGAUUCGGAUUUGAAUAAAGACGAAUUUGGUGAGUUGGAGGGGGCGAGACCAAACAAAAAAUUUAAAUGCAAACAUUGCCUUAAGAUCUUUAGAUCAACUGCAGGUCUUCACCGUCAUGCUAACAUGUACCAUAACCCAGAAAAGCCCUACGCUUGUGACAUCUGUCACAAGAGGUUUCACACCAACUUCAAAGUGUGGACACAUUGUCAGACCCAACACGGCAUAGUGAAGAACCCAUCACCAGCCUCUAGUGCCCAUGCUGUUUUGGAUGAGAAAUUCCAAAGAAAGCUGAUUGACAUAGUGAGAGAGAGAGAGAUUAAGAAAGCCCUGAUCAUUAAGUUAAGGCGCGGCAAGCCUGGCUUUCAGGGACAGAGUAGUUCCCAGGCACAGCAAGCCAUCAAGAGGAACUUGCGGUCUCGAGCCAAAGGAGCGUACGUUUGUACUUACUGUGGAAAAGCAUACCGCUUUCUUUCUCAAUUUAAGCAGCACAUAAAAAUGCACCCAGGAGAAAAACCCCUUGGAGUAAAUAAAGUUGCUAAGCCAAAAGAGCAUGCUCCUCUUGCAAGUCCAGUAGGAAACAAGGAGGUUUACCAGUGCCGCCUCUGUAAUGCUAAGCUCUCUUCUCUCCUAGAGCAAGGAAGCCACGAGCGGCUAUGCCGGAACGCCGCCGUCUGCCCUUACUGCAGCCUCAGGUUUUUCUCGCCCGAGCUGAAGCAGGAGCACGAGCACGAGUGUGAGUAUAAGAAGCUGACCUGCCUGGAGUGCAUGCGCACCUUCAAGUCCUCCUUCAGCAUCUGGCGGCACCAGGUCGAGGUCCACAACCAGAACAGCAUGGCCCCGGCCGGAAACCUCUCUCUGCCCGCUCUGGACCACAAUGGCGACGCGGCUGGCUCUUCAAGGCCCCAGGCCCAGCCCGAGCCAAAUAAAGUAAACCAUGUUGUCACCACAAAAGAUGACAAUGUGUUCAGUGACUCUUCAGAGCAAGUUAACUUCGAUUCGGAGGAUUCCUCUUGUCUCCCUGAGGACCUUAGUCUUUCUAAGCAACUGAAAAUCCAGGUCAAAGAGGAGCCCGUGGAGGAGGCUGAGGAAGAGGCCUCCGAGGCCAGCGCGGCCCCCAGAGAAGCAGGGCCGAGCAAAGACGCCAGCCUGUGGCCCUGUGAGAAGUGCGGGAAGGUGUUCACGGUGCACAAGCAGCUGGAGCGGCACCAGGAGCUUCUGUGCUCCGUGAAGCCGUUCAUCUGUCACGUGUGCAACAAAGCUUUCCGCACUAACUUUCGGCUCUGGAGUCACUUCCAGUCACACAUGUCUCAGACUACAGAGGAGUCCGCACAUAAAGAAUCCGAAGCGUGCCCCGUUCCCACAAACUCGCCCUCCCCGCCGCCCCUGCCCCCGCCGCCACCGCUGCCCAAGAUCCAGCCCCUGGAGCCCGACAGCCCCACAGGCUUGUCUGAAAACCCGGCUCCGGCCACAGAGAAGCUGUUCGUCCCCCAAGAAUCAGACACCCUUUUUUACCACGCCCCACCCCUUUCAGCAAUCACAUUUAAAAGACAGUUUAUGUGUAAACUUUGCCACAGGACAUUCAAGACUGCAUUUAGUCUUUGGAGCCAUGAACAAACACACAAUUGAAAGACCAACACUUUUAGCCUAUUAUGAAAUGGGGGGCAGUCUCCAGAUUUCAACCUGAAUUGUGAAAUGUGUCAUAAGAAACAAAAUAUUUUUUAAGAAAGAAUAAUAAAUGUUGAAAAUUGUUAUGCUUGAAUUUAAGUUUGAGAUAAACUGAUACUAGUGAUGUCCUUACUCAACUUUAGAAAUAAACUUUUUAAAAUAUUGUGGUCUUGGACCUUCAAGGAACAAGAUAGUUUGAUCUCAUUAGCAUUGAGGUUGGAUUCAUCUUCAUGGUUUGCAUGGUUUCUCCUCAUUCCAUGGUGUCAGCAUAAUCAUUUAAUUGAGGUUUUCGGUUUUUUUACUGAUUUGUAAUUAGUGGGGUACUAUCAAAGUAUUUCUUCUUUUGAUUAUUUCAGACACCUAAGUUCUAGUAAAAUCUUAACCAUGUUCUUAAGUCCAAAAUAGGAAGAAGUGGAGUAGUUUGCAGUAUUGAUUUAGAUCUUAGAAUACUUUAGCAAUAAAAAAAUGAUAAACCUCAACUUUAAUAAGUUAUCCUGACACUUGAUGAAUAUUUGGUAUUUUGUGGUCACGUAGGACUUUUUUUGUAUGAGAAUUGUGAGAAAUUUAAAUCAGCAAUAGUAACACUUAGAUUUUUAUAAACAAAAACCUGCUCUCUUUCUCAGUCACUUAAUGUAAUGAAUGAUGGUUAAAGUCUAAGGAAGGCUUGGAAGAUGAGAACAUGAUUUAUGGCAGUCCCCUGAAGUCAGUUUACUAGAGCUUGCGUACUGGUGUGGGUGAUGAAGUGCUCUGUGUGCACUGCCUGCCUCGCAGUUCAGUUCAGACCAGCGUUUAAAGAUUGUACACGUUUGAUGUCCUCUGAUUUAUGCUGUCACAAAUUGAAAAUCUGAGUGUAGUUGUGACUAAAUACCUAACAUGGCACUAAUUUUGAAUUUAACAUUAGUAUAACAAAUAAGGUAGGAUACAUAUUAAUAUUUAGAUAGAUCCCAAACACUUGGAGUCAGCACAGCCAGUCUAAAAUUCUAAAUCGCCAUUUACUUUCAGAGCAGAGGAGGAAAUACCACACUGCAGUUUCAACAUGCUUUUCAAGAACAGUAUAUACAGUAUACACAUUUUCCUGCCUCUCUGUCUUUUGUGACAAUUUCUGUUAGAAUUUGUUGGAGUUUAUAGUGGUUAAAACGUCAUUAGUGAAGCCUUUCUGCUCUAAGCCACUGCUUAAUAUUUCAUAAAUGUGGAUGAAAGUACUAUCAACAGUCCAAAGUUAGUUUUAGCUACUUAUUUUGGUCCAUAGGUUUUGGGCUUUUUUUCUAUUAUGUGUAAGUUGUAAUUAAAAGCCUUUCAGUAGGUAUUAUCCAAAGUUCAAUGCAGUGUUUCCAAAGGGAAGAUUUUUCCUUGGUCAGACAUAUAAAAGAAAUGUUAUUAGAACUACAUAAUCUUUUCUAAGGUAGUAAUACAGAUUAAGACUCCAAGUUUAUAAUUUAUUUUUUACAAGCUGUUCUUUCAGAUUAAAGAAAAGUUAACUGUGAUUAAGAUAAAUUUAUGCUCUAGCAGAAAAGAAUUCUGUGCCCAUCAAUCUCCUUACCAGCAUUCCAUACCAGUGGUAGGAAAGAUUCUUACUUUUUUCUUAAAACACAAGCAUUUUUAUAAAAUAGUAAUUGACUUUGUACAUUAUAGAAAUUAUAUAUGAAAUUUUGCCUUUUAUUCUUUCACUCGAGAAAACAAAAAUCCCAAAAUAUUUUAGUAGUUACUUCUUUUGUUCUUAGAUUUGAUGGACAAAGGAAAAUAAGAUUAAGUUACAGUUACUGAUUCUUGCCAUCUUUAUGUUUUCUUGAAGAAAUCUAUGCAUUUUAAAGAUGAAACUGAAGCAUAUGACCUUACGUGAAACAUCAGGAUGGAUGGUUGUGCAUUGGACUCAUUCCCUGUAUAGUGUGGCAUUACACUGAACAUCUUGGUAAGCUGUCACUUCUUCAAAAGAAGACAGUUUCCCUGACUAAUCAUCACCUACAUGGCCGUUAGAGUAUCUGUGAUAAUUCCACAAUACAAAGUAUCUUAGCAUUGUAAAUUCAAUAUCCCACGACUUGAAUCUUUAUGCUACAUUUUCAAGAUUUUUUAAGAUAAUAUUGUUAAUUAAAAAAUAUUUUUUAUCUAAAUAUAGGCUCUGCAUAGCUGUUAGAUUUAAAAAAUUACGGUGUUUUGUCUCGUUAGCUUACAUUUUUGUCUAGGCAAGGAAAAUAAGAUUUCAAAUAAAAUUUUGAACCAAAAACAUUUAUAAUGCAGUUCUGGUUUUUCUAUUACUUUUUAUACUGUAACUUAAAAGCAUUAGGCUGAAAGAGUUUAUUUUGAUGGUUAAAAAAAUAAAAUAUGCUUCCACUCAUGUAACUAUUUUAAAUGUUAAGAAGUAAAAUAAUGAAAGACAUUGUUUUAUUCGUUAAGCAGUUUUUAAAGAAUGUUUAUCUUAGACAGGCAAAUAUUUGGUGUAAAACAAGUUGGUCUUUCAUUGUCACAACUCUUUAUUGAGUGAAGAUAUUCUUGUAAAUAUCUUUUCUGAUUGUAAUUAAUUUUUGAAAAUGUAGAAAGCUCAUUAUUCCUUGUAAGUAUUCAGGAUGCCUGCUUUUUUAUGCAGUUGUGGAAAGAAUGUAAAAUGUUUUAAUAUAUUCUUUGUUAAUCUGAGAACUUGUUAUUGAAUCAUUUCGUUUAUGUGGGAGAAAGAGGGAGUAACAUAAAAUGUGUUUUUAUCACUCAAAGUAAGCAAUGGAGGUAACAAAUAUUGUGCAUUUUUAAUAGUACUAUUUCAAGAUUAACAAACCAUUCACC